GAGUCGCUCCCUCGGCCAAAGAUGCCAUGAUCAGAUGGAAGCGUCAGUGCAGGGGGGUUCGUUGUAGCUGAAGCAGCUGCGGGCAUCGUGCAAGCCGCAAGUGGGGCCCCCUGGCUGGACAGCAAGGUGUACCCAAUGCCGGCAACAUGCAAGCGAACACGUCGACACGUCGUUCAGCGCUUCAGCGACUGCCCCGGGCCUCAUAUCACACUGGCAUCGCAGCAUGACAUCUCGUCAGCUUCCGCGACAAGCAUCUCAGAUAUGACGGUAGAUCCACGAUGGACGCUGCCAGCGAGCACUGCCGAGGCUCUACACGCCUACGCUCAGCAAUCGCUACCCAAUACCGCGAGUACAUCUGUCGACUUGGAAGCGAUACUUGAUGAGCUUCUCCCCGAUGAGAGCGCCAUCGGACAGAGUCAGGCACUGUCGCUCAAGCUGCAAGCGCGCAUUCAAGCAUACCGCCAAGAGAUACUCGAACGCAAGGCCGCCUUGCAAGCUCAGCAGAGUCAAGGUGCAACCAUAGCAGACAUACAACAGCUCGUCGGGGAGCUUUUGACCGAGGUACAUCAUCUGCGAGCAGGCGCGACAGAAUCCGAGGUCGUCGUGAGGGAGAUCACGAGGGACAUCAAGUCGCUCGAUCUUGCAAAACGCAACGUUGUCACUACCAUCAAUACUGUUCAGCGCUUCCAGUCAUUGAAACAAGCCCAGCAGAAGCUCGAAGAAUUGGCGCAGACGCAGAGAUACAGGGAGAUCUCGCAGACGCUACAGGUCAUUGCUGAAUUGGCAGUGCAUUUCAAUGCGUACAAGGCGGUCACCAUCGUGUCAGAGCUGCAACAAAACAUCAGACAGCAGCAAAACAUCGUUAGAGAACGUGCAGCAGCGGAACUUACGAAAGCAUUUACCCAAGAGAGCCGCACGCCCAUAAGGAACAAUACCAUAUUACCGGAUGCUUGUCUGGCCACAGAUGCAUUGGGGCCAGACGCUCGUAAGACGCUCAUCAAUUGGUACUGCACUCACCAGCUCAAAGACUACCGUCGAAUAUUCAAGAGCAAUGACGAAGCCGGUCAACUCGAUAAUCUCCCGAGGCGCUUUGCAUGGUUCAGACGGAUACUCCGGACCUAUGAAGAUGAGCAUGCGAGCGUGUUUCCCACCAGCUGGACAGUCGGUAGAUGCCUCACUGGCUGCUUUGGCGAGGUGACAAGGGAUGAUUUGCGGCAUGUCAUUGAGAAGACGAAUAGCGCCAAGCACCUCACAGUGACAGUACUGCUUGAGAGUCUCAAUGCGACCAAAGACUUUGAGCGCGAGAUGUGUCGACUCUUUUCGGUCGGACAAUAUAGCGAAGUUGCGUCCUCGUCCACCAUGGCGCUCGGUUCCGCGCCAGAGCCCAUCAGCGCGGUCUUUGUGCCGUUUCUUGAUGUCUUUGUGAAAGCCCAAGAUAAAACACUUGCAGAAAUGUUCGGCGGCUUUCGUUCGACUUCUCGCGCCUCUUUCGGAUCUGCAACACCGCACGAUGCCAAUGGUGAUCCUGCAACCAUACUGCCUUCUGCGACUGAACUUGUCUACUUUUACCGAGACACGCUCGAGCGAUGCGCCAAACUCUCGAACCAAGGCCCCCUCCUCAGCCUUUGUCUGAUUUAUCGCAAAUGGCUCAAGGUCUAUGCGGAUGAAAUACUCGCCGGCUCCCUCUCCUCAAGACUGAGCACAUCUCGAAGAUCAGGCGAUACGCGUACUUCUUCUUACGAGAUACAGCACGCCUGUAUCAUACUCAACACCAGCGCGUACUGCUCAGAGACGGCAUCGCAGCUUGAAGAUCGUAUGAAGACUUGCAUCGAUGCCGGGCUGAAGGAGAAAGUCACGUUUGAGGCGGAAAAGGAUCUCUUCAUCGGCGUCAUAUCUCAAUCGCUCAAUUACAUCGUCCGAGAGCUCGAUCAUGCCAUCGAGCCACCGCUUUCAAUCAUGGCCAAGGCACCUUGGUCAACCUCGGAGCUCGUCUCGUCGGAAUCAGCGUAUACCGGCUCGCUGAAUAGGGCGAUCAGCGAGACGAUCGACGCCGCAAAGUCUCAUAUCGAUAGCAAGAAGUACGUCAGAAGUCUGUGCGAUCGAGCGAUAGGAAUCGUCUUGACCAAAUUCAUGCAAAACAUCAUCCGCUGUCGACCUAUCACCCAUGUCGGCGCUGAGCAGCUUAUGCUCGACUUGCAAAGCCUCAAGCGAUGUCUGCUUCAGCUACCCCAAUUGAGCGAGGAGCAACCGAAUGCCUCAUAUGCUCGACUGGUCAACAAAGGUGUCGGCCGUAUCGAUAUCAUUCUCAAAGUCGUCAUGGAGAAGGAACACCCGCCGGAUGCGUUCGUUCAGAAUUACCUCAUUCUCAUUCCCUGCAUGUCCUUUUCGGACUUUCAGAAGAUCCUCGACCUCAAGGGCGUGCGACGGACGGAUCAGAAUUCGCUCUUGGACGUGUUCCUCGCGCAGACGUCAAGCAAGACUGAUCUCAGCGACUCGUCUUUCUUAUCAUCGCUUGAUAUGGAUCCAGAAGCUUCGCCGGGACCCGCAUCUGCGGGGAUCUUUGGAGGAUUGGGGAUCACGACUUCCUACAGCUUGAGCAAUUCGCCGCUUUUGUCGAACCCAGGCAAGUCGGUGCCUAGCACGACGGGCGGCUUACGAGCUGGUCUCGGGUUCAGUAGCCUGUUCGGAUGAUGUACUACAUGCAUGGCAACAGAAACAGUGGUCAUGAAUCUGGACGACAGGAUCUCUUUAGCGCUCGGCAUUGUUGAGUAGCCUG